AUGUCACGUCGCGUUAAAGUCGAAAAGGGAUUACGAGGCUCUCAGCGUGCUCAGGCCGAAGAUGAUGUAUCCAUGGCUGGCUCACAACGAGCCAAUGAAGACGAUGAAGCUGCCAAACUGGAACGAGUACUGGCCACCAUCGCAAACUACCCAGACCAGCCACUGGAUGAACAGCAAGAGACAAAGCUUGGGGUUAUUUCCUCGGAAAUAAGCGUAUUCAAUGCUCUAUAUAGUACUGCGAUUGAAGAUUUGUUGGAAACGGCGACUAUGUUGGCGGAUGCGCUGCCAGGAGAUGAUCAUCCGUUUGAAAACGAGGUCGAUCCAGCUUCCAUUCUUGACGCGGGGUUUGAGAAACGGAUUGAAACAUAUCGGUCUCAAACCUCUCGUCAAAAGUACGGCAAGUCACAGUUAUUAAAGGGUUUCAUAUCUGAUGUUUGGGAAACGUACCGACCCGAAGAGUCUGCACCUACGGUCAAUUCAAUACUACCGCGAGAGGAGGGUGACCCAGAGGAGUCGGACGACGAAAUGGAAGUGGGCGGAGUUACUCAGGAUUACAAGUGCCCUCUAACACUUCAAAUCUACGACGAUCCUCUCACAUCGACCGUCUGCGGUCAUUCUUUCUCCGCAGAUGCUAUCCGGACAUACGUGAGGACUAAUAAUAGAUGUCCUGCUCAAGGCUGCAAUGCGCAGAUUUCGUCGGCGGUCUUAAAAGAAGACAAAGUUCUCCAAAAGAAGGCUAGGGCAGCAAAGAGACGUGCCGCACGCGAAGAGACCGCAUCAGCAGAUGAAAUUGAUGAUUAG